AUGGGUGAAGGCCAAGCUACAAACAAAGCUCUAGGGUUCAGUGGUGUGAACUAUGAUUCAUGGAAAAUUAGAAUUGAAGCAUUCUUAAUGUCUCACUCUUAUGAUGUUUGGCAUGCUGCAGUAAAUGGAAUUGUGGUUCUCAAUCUUGAAAAUCCCUCUGAAGUUGAUAAAAUUGCUAUGGCUAAUGAUGGUAAAGCCAAACAUGUUCUUUACUGUGCUUUAAAGCAACAAGAGUUCACUAGAGUCAAGAAUUGCAAGUCUGCUAAAGAAAUAUGGGACUCUCUUCAGGCUGCCCAUGAAGGAAGUACUGUCAUUAAAGAAAACAAGAUUCAGCUCUACAAAGUUCAAUAUGAAGCUUGUACGAUGGAGGAAAGGGAAACUGUAGCUGAAUAUUUGUUUAGGAUCAAUGAUAUUGUCAACAAUAUGAAAUCCCUUGGUGAAGACAUUAAGGAUUCAGAUGUUUGUAAGAAAAUUCUCAGGUCUUUUACACCUAGAUUCAAUGCAGAGGUUACAAUCGUUGAGGAUAAAGACUUAUCUCAAAUGAAGAUUGAUGAUCUACUAGCCUCUCUUAUAGCCUAUGAGAUAAGAAUUGGAACUCUUAUUCUUCAAAAGAGAGAAGCUGCACUUCAAGUCAAAGAAGUUACUGAAGAAUCUGAUCCAAAGUCUGAGGAAGAUGAUCUUGAAGAGGAUGAAGUGGCCUAUCUGUCAAAGAAGUUUAAGAAAUUCAGAUUGAAGAAGAGAAGACAAAAUCAGAGGAAGAAAGAAGGGGGAAACUUCAAGGGAAUAUUUGGAAGAAAGGCCCUCUUCACAGAUUGGGAUUCUGUUUCUGAAGAAGAAAAACCUAAGGAAUCAAAAGAAAAUGAGUGUUUGUUCAUGGCUACUCUAGAAACACCACAGAAAGCAGCUGAAGUUGAAGAAGACAGUGAAGACAGUGACUCAGAGAUUGAAGAAAUUCUUGAAGAAUGUGAGAGACUUGCUAUGAAGUGCAAUCAACAAAAGUCUCAGCUGAAAGUCGUUUGCUCUGAGUUGCAAAAAUUCAAACAACUUCUUGUUAAAAAUUUUAAUCUUAAGCUGUCUACCUUAUGUUCAAUUUCUCUUAUCUUCUCAAGUCUAAAGAAGUCUCAAUCCAACACUGAAUGGUCAACCAAGUGA